CCAUCUAGCAAGGCUGGUUGAAUUUCACGACUGCUGUUUUUCCGCUCUGCCUCUUACCAAUCUCAAAGCGGAUCAAUUCGGAGGAAGAAAUCGGCACCUUAGAAGGUUUUUGGUGGAAUACUCCGCAGCAUCCCCUACUCUAUCGUUUAGCUCCAUCUUCAAGUCGCUCUUGCAUUCCUGGACUCCUAUUGUUUUUAACCCGUCCCUGACGAAUCAAGCUAAGGUUACACACUAAAGAAUAAAAAACAAUGGAUAAAGCGGAGCUUAUUCAGAAGGCCAAGUUGGCGGAGCAAGCCGAGCGCUACGAUGACAUGGCCGCCUCGAUGAAGGAGGUAACGGAACAGGGGGGCGAGCUGUCAAACGAGGAGAGGAACCUGCUAUCUGUCGCAUACAAGAACGUGGUCGGAGCACGGCGGUCGGCAUGGAGGGUCAUCUCCAGCAUCGGACAGAAGACGGAGGGAAGCGACAAGAAGCUCGCAAUGGUCAACGAAUACCGGGAGAAGGUGGAGGGCGAGCUGAGGGAUAUCUGCAACGACGUUCUGGAACUGCUGAAUAAAUAUUUAAUUGAGAACUCCACAAAUGCUGAAAGCAAAGUCUUCUACCUUAAGAUGAAGGGUGACUACUAUAGAUACCUUGCCGAAGUCGCCUCUGGGGAUGACAAGACAGCAACCAUAGAGCACUCUCAGGAGGCGUACCAGCAGGCGUUUGACAUCAGCAAGAAGGAGAUGGACCCCACGCAUCCCAUCCGCCUGGGCCUGGCCCUCAACUUCUCAGUCUUCUUCUACGAGAUCCUCAACUCUCCAGAGAAAGCUUGCUCACUGGCCAAACAGGCAUUUGACGACGCCAUUGCUGAGUUGGACAAACUGAACGAGGAGUCAUACAAAGACAGCACUCUCAUCAUGCAGCUGCUCAGAGACAACCUGACAUUAUGGACAUCCGACAACGCGCCCGAGGAAGGCGAGGCCGGAGAAGCCGGCGACGCAGGAGAGAACGAGAACUGACACAGGGUCAUCUCCAAAAAAAGAAAACCUUUUUACACAUCUCCAUUCCUUUAUUGCUCCACUUAGUCUUCUCGCAAUGAAACCCAUUACUAAACAAAAGCUGCAUGUGGAAAUUCCAAAAUCAUUUUAGUCUUUUCACACUGAAGCUUUUGUGAAAGAAAAAUAUUGAUUGAGAAACAAAAAUGAAACCUCCAUUCCUUGGUUUGUGUUCGUCCUGACCUUCCAUACGUGCAGUUUCUCCUGUUAGAAAAGUAUUAAUAGCUUCUUUUAUCAACGUUUUAGUCCAAAUUAGAGGACAAAAUAAGACAUAGGGCUUUUCGCUGAGCUACAGAAAAUCUUAGUCCCAUCAAAACACAAGGGGAGUUAGGAUGUUCUUAGAACAGGGGUGUUUGUUAAACAGAUGUUCUUAGAACAGGGGUGUUUGUUAAACAGAUGUUCUUAGAACAGGGGUGUUUGUUAAACAGAUGUUCUUAGAACAGGGGUGUUUGUUAAACAGAUGUUCUUAGAACAGGGGUGUUUGUUAAACAGAUGUUCUUAGAACAGGGGUGUUUGUUAAACAGAUGUUCUUAGAACAGGGGUGUUAAACAAAUUCGAUGAAUUGUUCCCUCACCCUGCAUAGACUUGUUCUCUAUUUCUCCACACGGAUAUCUGGUACAGUUACAGCUGCUGAUGUCCUCCACACGGUUAUCUUGUAUGGUUACAGCUGCUGAUGUUCAAUGUGAACAAGUCCAAUUGUUCUAUACUGCAGGGAGGGCCAGUCUAUGAGCUGGCACCAAGUUUCCCAGCCAGGUGAUUUCCAUUGGUUCUGACAAGGUCCUUCCUCACUCCCCCCUGGUUAUGACAUUCACUAUAAAGCAUGUCUGGUUGAAGAGAAUAGAGGUAGGGCUUUCUAAAGACCAGAACAUAAACAAAUUGAUAAUGGGAAGAACAAAAUACUCCUACAUGCAUGUCAUUUAAUAGUACACUGGAAUGGGAACCAAUGCUGUAUACACACCAAGUCCAAAUGUCCAAUGUAGUACUUUUCAAUGCAGGUUUGUGCACAUGUUAACAAGGGUGUUUGGUUAGUCCAGUGAUUGUCAUUAGAGAUUUGGACCACUAUUGUGUUUUUGCUAAUCAUCGAUAUAGUUCCCAAAAGCCUCGUGGAAAUGUUAAUGCCCUAUGUAUCAGCUGUGUAACAUGAAUAAAAAUGACAUUUUAUAAACCAA